GCCAAGCACAAUGUUCAAGAUGGCGAGCGACUGAUCUGGAGGAAUCUUCCCACUAAAAUCGAUGAUCUCAAUAUGGCAGAGAGGAAACUUACAGAUGCACAAAAGGCUCGUAUUGAGAGGAAUCGCCAAAGGGCGUUGAUGCUUCGCAAUGCAAGGCUUUCCAAUCGACCUUAUCCAGAAAUGAAAUUGCGAGAUGGCGAUGCAUCCAAGGCUAACAGUAGCAGUGAGGCCUCUGCGACAAUAUCUCGUGUUGUUGAUACAGGGGGUGGGUUUUUAUUAGACCCGGAGGAAGAUGAAAGCCAAGGAGAGAGAAAUAAUCUUGUUAGAGAACCAGGUCAGUUCAUAGAGCGGAGAGUAGGCCUGAAGACGAAGGGUCGUAAAAUCUUACGUAAUGUAUUCCAGUAUACAUUUUUUUUCGUAUUUUAACCAAUGUUGGUUUAUUUUGUAUUAUCGUUUAGUGUCCUCAAUGAUUUCUGUCGGGCUAAAUACCUUGGCAACCAAAUUAAGAUUAUUUAUUAUUCACCCGCGCGUUGGGAUGUAGGGGGGGGGGUUGAAAUUUUCAUGCCCCUUUGGACUGAUUUCUUAAGAGGAUCAAAAUAGAUCUACAUCCAUAAGAGACUGCAGAGCAGUUAUCACUUUUACUGUGUUUAUAAUUAAAGUAAGGUUUAUUUUGAUUCCAUCAAAACAGCACCCAUUCUCUAUGGAGAUCAGCUGCAUUGCCUUGAAUGCCAAAAAGAAUUCCUGACAUCAUACAUCUACAAAAACUUCGAGGUUUAUGUUUGUGAUAAUUGUAGGUAGGUGGAGCAAUUUAUUUAGAGCUUUCUUGGCUAUGAAUUACUUUUAAAAUCCUUUUGCAGUAUUAAGUAGCAUUUUUGAGUAAUUUCUAACAUACUGUUCUCUUUUGUAGAGACCCUGAUGAAAAGCAUUCACUAAUAACAAAGACAGAAGCUAAGGAGGUGUGGAUCUGUUUAAUUUUCAACAAAAUUUACAAAAGGAUUUCUAAGUAUUCUGUAAACAGAUAUUUACACAAACAACUCUUACAGGUGUUAUUGCUGUAAAUGCUGUAAGUUAACAAAAACGGAUAGGUUUUACGUCAACCCUCUAACCUUAAGGGUCACUGGCAUCUUAUUUCUCACUAAGGUAUCACUGCUGAAUCCAACAUUAGGCUCAUGAGAAUUAAGGAAAUGAUCACAAACUUAAAGGAGCUAUUGAUUAUUAACUUGACUCCCUCAUCCAUGCCAUAGGAAAUGUAUUAAGAACAACAUGAAGGAAAUAAGGAAUUCAGGUUGAGACUAUUUCAAACUAGGGGGUAAGUUUCUAAAGAAACUGUGGUGCUAGGUCAGGGGGAGAGUAUAACAGGGUAGAUAUAGUAUUAUCAACUUAUAGUUUGAAAGCUGAUGUUUUGAGUGUUAGCCCUUUGUCGGAGUGAGCAUAUUUCAAACUAGAUUGAUUUGUGUUCUUCAUGGAAGAUGUAUGAAAUUCUAAUUUGAACAAAGGAAAAGUCAAAUUUAGCUGGUUUGAAAUCAUUAAAAACUAAAUUUUUUCAACUCUUACAAAUACUUCAUGGUUAUUUGAAAUUAACAUUUUUUCUCAGCAAUUUCUCUUAAAAGACUGUGACUUGGACAAGAGAGAGCCACCUUUGAAAUUCAUUUUAAAAAAGAAUCCACAUCACUCUAGGGGAGAAAUGAAACUCUAUCUAAAAUCGCAGGUGGGUCAUUCCCCUUUCUGCUACUAUCUGCGACAUAUUACCGAGCACUGAAUUUAUUCAAGGGCAGUAUUUGAUUGAGUAAUAUACUAAAUAUGAUGUCAGAAAUGUAGUUUGCCAGUAUGACUGAGAUGAGUUGCGGAAAGGUUUGCAGGGGGGGUCUGGCACUAAUAAUGAGAGGCUCACAUUACUCAAAGCCUGAUAUUUUUGAGAAGGCAAAGAAAUGCUUGUACCAAAGCACAAUUAAUGAGGGUCCACUUAUAGGUUAUCAGAAUUGCAGCUAGUGUCCAGCACUAAUCUCAUUAACUGUUUAACUCCCAAGAUCUCAUUAGUAAUUCUCCUUACUGUCAGCCAACUGAUUCUCGUUGUUAUUUUUGAGAAUUUGGUAUCAGAUCAAUCAGUAAUCCCAUAAUUGAUAUUUUUCUUUAUUCUCAUCACUUGUCUGGAUGAUAUUGUGUGGAUAUAGUAAGGAGAAAUUUUGUCUUGGUCACUCACAGGAUUCAAAGGGUUAAGAACAUCAUCAUCAGUUAGGUUUUGAUAUUAGUGGUACUAACAUUCUUUGCUGUAGAUUGUUGAACGCGCUUUUGAGGUGUGGGGAGGAGAGGAUGGUCUUGAAGAAGCUAGACAGGGCAGAGCAGAGAAGAGAGAAGUUCAAAAACAAAGAAAAUUUGACAAGAAAGUUAAAGGUUUGCUUCAUUUUACAUCUUUCAAAUCUAAAACCAUUCAAAAUGUACCAACCAUUCUAGUCUCGUUUUAUCUUUUCUUCCAUGCAACAGAACUUCGUCGUGCAGUAAGAACAAGCACAUGGAAGAAAGAUACUAGUAGACACCAGCAUCAGUUUGAGGAAGAAGAAGAAUAUAAUGAGGAAACUGAUGAAUGGACAAAAACAUGCAAGACAUGUGGUUAUCAAUUGACUUACGAAAAGAUGUGAGACAAACAAAGAAUAAAACAAUGUAUUUAUUUCCUCACUAUACAUGUAUAUAAACCUAAUUUAUUUAAACUGUAUUACGCUGUAAAUGUUUUAAGUAUUGUCACUUCAUAUACAUUGCAUUCCAAGACUGAGUUUAAGGUCUUGAAAUAAUAGGUUAGCUUGUAGGCAAAUGAAUAGAGUAUGUUGAAUUCAGAACCGUUAAGGGUGAAGGGAAUUG